CGCUAACAUUGUUUACUAAACGAACUGAGCUUGGGUAAAACAUAGAUGAAAAUAGCAUUUCCUACUGAAAUGGAAGAAAAAAACUGCCCUCAAUGUUUGCGACAGAUCGCAGGGAAGUCGAGGUUGUACAAGGAUGAGAUUUGUGGCCACUCGAAAUGCAAAGUGUGUCUUCUACAGGAAGAUGAUGAAUGCAAACAGUGUUCCAGUCACACGGAGGUCGUAGACGAUCACAAUUACUCCAACGAAAAAUCAGUUGUUGUCGAAGUACUCAAGGUUGAAGAUAAAGACGGUGCUACAUAUGAAGUCAUUACUGAGCAGUACGAAGGGGCAGAUGAGGGAGAGGAAAAAGAUAUGUAUGUGGAGGAAGAAUACUUGGAUGGCCAAACAGAGUUUGAGUUCAUCUACAAAAACGACAAAGACGACGAAAAUGACGUGGAAGAAGAACCCGCCAAAGCAUCGAAAAAAAAUCGAAUGCCAUCUUUUGUAGAAUCGAUUGUGGUUACAAACGAAGAGACUGGCGAGCCUGAGCAUCGAUAUCAAUGUAAUAUCUGUAAAAAAAAUUUUAAGAGUCCGCAUCAAAUUCGAUAUCACAGGUAUUGCGACGAGUCGGUUGAAAAACCCUACAAAUGUGACGAAUGUUCUCUGAGAUACAAAACGUCAUAUCAAUUGAAGCAACAUAAGCAAUUGCAUGUCAAUGCGACUUACGAAUGCAUGGAAUGUAACAGAACCUUCAAGCAUGAUGCAAGUGCUAAAAAACACGCGAAAAAACAUUUUCAAACUGCGACACCAGCUUCAAAGAAACUACCAGCUAAAGGUACUUUUCCAUGUACUGUUUGUGAGAAAAUUUUCUCUCGCAAGGAUUACUUGAAGAAACACAUGAUUUGCCACGAAGAUAGCAAACGUUACAAAUGCGAGUACUGUGACAAGGUGUAUGCCCGAAAUAACGCGUUAAAGUUUCACAUUAUGACGGCGCACACUGAACGCCAAGAGUACAAAUGUAAAUGUGGAAAAGUAAUGACAUCAAUGCAAUCUUUGGCACGCCAUCAAAUCGUCCAUUCAUCUACAAAGCCGCUAAAGUGUCUUGUUUGUGGCCUACGAUCCUCUCGUCGAGAUAACUUAUUCCGACACAUCCGUUCUUUUCACUCAGAUGCAGAUCCAAAAACAAGCAUUGGAGUUGAAGAAAAUACAGAUGUCGAGGACUCUGAAAUUGUGGAAGGAGACGAGCUUAUGGAAGAGGAAUCGACAUCCAUGAUUCGGUCACAAGAAAAUACAUUGAGAAAAAAUGUUAUAGUAAUGAAAGAGACAAAUCAAAAUACCGAAUCAACGGUCGAAGGAAAACCACAAAUACAAAACAUCGAAAUUUAUCGGAAAAUUCUACUGUCAAAAGACGAAGAAGAACAGGUUGAAGAUGAAGAGAUACCAGCAUCCGAAGUUCAGGAGUUUUAUAUAGAACAAUGUUCAUAAUUUUUUUUAAAACUCUAUUUAAUAAAAAUUCGUGUUAAAUAAUUUGAAAAUUAUUUUUUCAAUUUCAUUAAAAACACACACUUU